GGGCUGAGAAGAGCAAUUUCCUUCUCCAGCUGCAAUUCUGCUUUUUUUCCUUCUUCUUCUUUAAGAAAAGAAAAAAAAAAAAAUAAAAAAGAAGCGCAGCCCGGAGCCGCCUCCGCAGCCCCCCCGGUCAUCUCUGCAGCCCCCCCGGAUCUCUCUGCAGUCACCCCAAUCUCGGCUCCCCAGAAGCAGCCGAGGAUGGAGCCUCUUCCCCGCGGCCCCGGCCCUGCCUGCCCGCUGACCUGCCUGCUGCUGCUCUCCCUGCCAGGUGUGGGUGCCCAGAGGAGUCCCACCUUCCAGCUGCAACAACCCCAGGACAAGGUGUCGGCGAAAGCAGGGGAGACCAUCACCCUGACCUGCACCACGGCGGGAACGGGUCCCGCUGGUCCCCUGAAGUGGCUGAAGGGCUGGGGCAACGAGAACGAGACCAUUUAUGACCAGAAUAGCCCCCCCACACCCCACCUGACAAGGGCAGAACCUGAGUCCAACACGGAUUUCAGCAUCCACAUCAGGGAUGUUCACCCCAAGGAUGCAGGCACCUAUUACUGCGUCAAGUUCCGCAAAACACGCACUAUGGAUGAGGUGUUCCGGCGGGGAAACGGCACCGAGGUGUCCAUACUUGCCGAACCCACCCGCCCGGUCGUGUCCGGGCCCAGGCACAGAGCGGGGCCGGGGCAAUCGGUGUCUGUCACCUGCAUGGCUGGAGGGUUCUUCCCCAAAGACAUCGGCGUGAAAUGGCUCAAGGACAAGGCCCCGAUCUCUGCUCAGCAGCCCCAGGUCACCCCUGGGCAGACAACAUCCUCCUACAACGUGUCCAGCACGGUGACAGUGACGCUGCAGAAGGACGACGUCCGCUCGCAGCUGGUCUGUGAGGUGCAGCACCGCACGCUGGAGGCCCCGCUGAGGGAGACGUACCAGCUCAGCAAAGCCCUGCGAGUUUCUCCUGGAAUCCAAGUGGUCACUGACCCACGGAGCCCCGUGGAGUUGAACAAGACCGUGAACUUCUCGUGCCACGUGAGGGGGUUUUACCCACGGGAGGUGGCCGUCACCUGGCUGGAGAAUGGGACGGAGAUGAAGGUGGAGAACACCCCGCAAGUGACAGAGACACGCCAAGGGCUGUUUGAGCUGCAGAGCCUGGUGAAGGUGCAAGCCAUGGAGGAGAAGAACGGGUCGGUGUUCACCUGCCGAGUGGUGCACGAUGGCCAGGAGCCCGUCAGCAGGAUGGCCACCCUGCAGAUCACUGCCCCAGCCCAGGGAGAACUAAACGGCCUGUCCCAGGGGGAAAACGGAAGUUUGUUCAUCAUCUACGUCGUGGUGGGAGUGAUCUGCACUGUGCUGGCACUGCUGGUGGCUGCAAUUCUUUACCUCAUCCGGGCAAAGCAGAGCAAGGGUAAAAGCUCACCAUCUGCGAGGUUACACGAGCCAGAGAAAAGUAGCGAGGCCACUACCCAGGAAUCUGACCCCAACAACCUGACCUACGCGGACCUGAACUUCGAGAGGGAGCGGAAGACGAUCCGGCGGAUGGUGGAGCUGAGCCAGCAGUCAGAAUAUGCCUGCAUCCAGAGCAGCCCCCCGCCCGCCGGCGACGACAACCUCACCUACGCCGACCUGGACAUGGUGCACCUCAGCAAGGCGCCCAGGCGGCCUGCCCCCGCCCCCGAGGAGGCCAGCUCUGAGUAUGCCAGUGUCCAGAUCCCGAGGAAGUGAGCAGGAUCCCCUGCCCGAUGGGGAGCAGCCCUGCUCCACCCCAGGAGGAAUCUUCUUGGAAGCACAGAGUGAUGUGAAGAUGUGCUGUGGUACCCACGGGUGGAAAUGGAGCCUGCGGUGCUGUGGGGGGUCAGCUCCCCUCUGCAGAGACCUAGUUUUUCGGAGGCAGCUUGGCUGUGGGGCCGCUGGCUCCAUCCCUUCAGGAUCCCUGUUCAACCUUGCUGUGCCAGAUUUGCCCGCAAGUGGGUUCAGCAGAGCAGUGGCUCCUUGGGAAGCUCCAGCAGGCAGAGAGGACAGGGACAGUGCCUCCAUGCCAGCUCCGCUGGGGAUGCUGCUGCCCGGCCAGGCUCACACAGCUUCCCACAGCCACCCUGACCCCACUGGGACUAGCUGGAGCCUCCACACUGCCUUCUGGGGCUCUCUGCUGCCAGCGCCUGGAAAACAAACUGGCUUUAACAGAAGGACCCAAGUGUCCUCCUUUCUCUUCCCAAGUGUCCCUUCCGCGGGACCUCCGUCUCGCACCAAGGCCAAUGAGGCUGGGAAGGCCGGUGAGCCGAGCCCCCCAACCCUGGGCUUUCUCAUCCUGCCACCCAAGGAGGCUCUGGGUACAGCUCCCAGGUACUGAGCAUCUUCCUCCUCCUCUGCACAGCCUUGCCCCACGCUGGGACCCACCAGCACUGCCCCAGGCUUGUACGCAGGGUGCAGCUCUGCGGGUGCCCCUGCCAGCCCCAGCUCCCCCUCUCCCUUCCCAGAGCUCCCUGCAGGUACCGUGUAACAUGUUUUGACUGUUUGACAUGUAACUGCUAAUUUUUACAGCUAAAAAACCCCCAAUGUUUUGUGUUGUACGUGGGUGUACUGCUGUGUACUUAACACUAGAAUAAGAUGUGCAGAUUUAAGACCGAGGCCUCAGUGAAGACCCCCUCAUCCCUCCAGAUUUUAAAAGACUCACAUGAUCCCCCCCAGCCCUGCUGGGGGGGCAGGGGUGUGUCAAGCACGCUCCCCCCAUCCCACCUGUGGGGACAAGUGUCUUCCGUGUGUCCCCUCCUUGGGCAAAACACCCUGUGCUGGCUCCCACAGCUCCCAGUGGCCUUGCAGCAGUGGGGCUGGCCCUCCCCUCUUGGCUGUUGGUGGGGGUCAGGGGGGCCCUGGUGAUACUUUGAGAGCGAUGUGACUGCUUGUACAGACUUUUUGUUUUGUUUUUCUUUUUGCUUGCAAGAUAUUUUUAUAAUAAAAGUGAAAAGUCCUGUGCUGCUCCUGCA